CACACACACACACACACACACACACACACUUCAGUGACGUGUGGAGAAGCAACUUAUACACGCACACACACACACACACACACACACACACACACACACCUAACGCAAUGAAACGCAGAUAUGCAGAUGACUCGAAAAAAAGAAAACCGGAAGAAGGUUUAAAGCACGUAGCGAUGCAGAACAACUCGGAACACAACACAACGGAACAGAAGAGAACAAAAAGAGCGACCACUGCAGCAGAGAUUUCACCGCCAGGAACCAGUAGCUACUCCCUCGCAUUACAAAAACGAGACAGUAAUGCGGAGUCGCCCCAAGACACGUUCACAUCCAGUCCUGCUUCCCACCAAUGCAUCACACAUUCCUCCCACUAGUACGGCGCCAAUUUUGCCUGUCACGCCGCCAUUGCUCUCUAAUAAUCUUAAAUUCCUCCUUGUUCAGCCUCUUGGUCUUGAUAUGUACUGUACAUUGUCCUCUUGAAUUGAUGACAAAGCCCCAUAUUGGUAAACUCUGGAAUUUCCUUCUUGCUCCUGUAUUUCCUCCUGCCUGUGACUUUAAUUCUUUCGAGGGGAAGUUUCAAGACUCUUCACGUAAUUUGGAGAUACUCUCAGGCUCUCCUCUUUGCUCUCUCAUCAGGACUAUUUUCUAAAGCCGCAGAGAUGAUUCAGGCCGGCUCUCAUGAGUGUUUUUUCCCAAUGAUGGAACAGAAUCUUUGUUGAACUAUUGCUACUAUUGCUAGAUACAUGAAAACUUCUUGAAAAUCCCAAGUCCAUUCCAGUAGUGCACUCUUAUUUGUUUUGCUUCGUCUAUUGUCUUAUAUAUGAAUUGCAAAAUUUCGGCGUCUGUUUCAUUCGAGUUAAAAUGAUUCGAACGCUUCAUUUCUCAGUCAAACUUCGAUCCUCACAUUUCUUGCAGACGAAGGUGAGGGGGACAAAACACACGGCCCUCCUGAACACGAGAGCGUCAAGUCAUGCAGUUCACAAGCCUGAUUCACAAAACUUCAGCGUCUCCUUAACAAGAGCUCAGAUGUUUCGAACAUUAAAUUUUUUCCAUCAACUUUGAGCUUACCUCCUGCAGACAUAGAGGAGGAAAGAGACAAAACACGCAGUCCCCUUGAACACGGAGAGCUUUUUUUCACGCCUGACUCAAAACAUCACCGUCAUUUCAGCUCAAGUUCAGAUGUUUCGAACAUUUCAUUUCUCCGUCAAAUUUGAAUAUAUAGACACAGAAGGGGAAGGAGACAGGUUAUAGCUCUCGUAUACACGGAUGGCGUCAAGUCAUGCAUUGUUCACGCCUGACUCACAAAACUUCGGCGUCACUUCAGUUCAAGUUCAAAUGUUUCGAACGGUUCAUUUCUCUGUCAGCUUCGAAUCCCGCAUUUCCUACAGAUGUAGAAGAGGAAAAAGACAAAACACACAGUCCUCUUGAACAUGAGAGCGUCAAAUCAUCCAGUUUUCAUCCUUGACUCACAAAACCUCAGCAUCCCUUUGAUUAGUUGAGAUGUUUCGAAUCCUUCAUCUCACCGUCACCUUUGAACCCCUCACUUCCUACAGACGAGAGUGGAAGGAGACAAAGUACACGGUCCUCAUGAACAUGCCUGACUCACAAAAAUUUGACAUUUCAGUUCAGGUUCAAAUGUUUCAAACGCUUCAUUUCUCUGUCAACUUUGAACCCUCACUUCCUACUGACGAAGAGGAAAAAGAUAAAACUGCCCUCUUGAACACUAGAGCGUCAAGUCAUGCAGUUUUCACGCCCUGGAUGGCACGUUUGACGCAGGGGACUGGAGGUGGAAACGAUAGCUAAACAAACACAAUUUCCAGCGAGCAAUGAACCACAUAAUUCGAGUCAACAGGAAGCAAGGAGCGAAUGGAGUCCGGGAGGAAGGAACCAGCUGAGCGUGACGAGAUUUUCACCAAUCAGAACCAAGCUUGAGAUGAAAACGUGAUGUAAUUGGUGGAGGUCGGAGGACGGGAGUUUAGUUGGCCCCUCCUCUCCACGCUCCCUCACUGCCACACGCCCCGCCUCCCUCACACGCUCUCCCUCUGACCCUCUCCUCUCCUCUUAGUUGACGUGUGGGUGUGUUGUGGAGAGGUGUUGGCGCCACGUGUCCGCCGCGAGUGACUUACGAACAGUGUCUUGUGUGAGUUUUCUCGUCUGCUUCAUGGAUUUAAGACCGAGACGCGGCGUGUGAGGCAAGGAGGCGAUCGGGUGCACGCGCGUGUGUCCGUGUGUCUGUGUGUUGAUCAGACGCUGACGAAGGCGAAGGAAAGGAACAGACAUGCAGACGAAAAAUGUAAAUGUGCAGACCUCGGCUUCCAACAAGAAUGAGAAAAACGCAGCUGCUGCCGCCAUGACAGCCAACGGGCCAGUGGUGAACGGCGGCAUGCUCAACGGCGCCCACAGGAUGAACGGCGGGGGAGCGGGAGGGGGAGGAGAGGGGGCAGCAUCCCCACCUCCUCCCCUUACCAACCAUUACCCCCGACCUCCUCCACUUACCUCCACAUGGCCUCCCCGUACCUCCCUGUGACAUCAUCCAAGGCGUCACCUUAUCAGCACCUCCCUGUGACGUCAUCGAGUUACCAGCCAAUGAACGGCCAGCAAGGUACUACGUCAUCGCCUUACCAACCAAUGAACGGGUCGCUAGGUGUUACGUCAUCAGUGUCCUCGUCCUAUCAUCCGCCCCCUUUGCCGCCUCGUGUUGGACCACGACGCUCUGAUGGAGGAAAUGCAGGUAACGUGGUGAGUGUCUACAAACCAGUGCCGCCACCGAAGCCCUUCAGUGGACCAGCAGUGACUAACAACAGCAGCAGCAGCAGCGGUGGUGGUGGUGGUGGUGGCGGCGGCGGCUCAGCAGGGGAGAAUCAGCAGGACAGCAGGAGGCAGGAGCAGCAGGAAACAGCAGCAUCUCUCCGUGAACAGCUGGCGAGUGUGACAGGAACCACGCUACAGUCUGGCCUCCCCCCUCUGCUGCCCCACAUCCUGGUGACUGACCAAGGGCACUUCCACACUCACUCCACAAAGUUUCCGAUCGAGUCUAAGGAGGAACCACCAAGCUUUCCUACCACCUCACCCUCUUGGCGUUCUACUAUUCGUCCUCCUCCACCCCUUCUCUCGGGCUCCUCCUCGCUGGGCAGGGGCAUCAAGGGGCUCAGUGGGCUGGCAGGGAUGGGCGUGGCUAAGGGUAGUACUCUCCCAAGGUCCAUCACUACGCCCACGCCCGCACAGACACGCCCGCAGCACCACCAUCACUCCCAAGUGACCAACGGAGGAGGAGGAGGAGGAGGAGGCAGCGGCAGCGGAGGCGGAGGAGGAGGAGGAGGGGAGAGGGACCAUCUACUCUCCACGGAGCGUCACAUUCGCUUCUGUGACGGCAUAGAUAACCCUGGUCUGGUGGAGGACGCCGCGCACAUGAGUUACCGCGCGGCUGCAGGAGGAGGCGGAGGAGGAGGAGGAGGAGGAGCAGGAGCAGCAAGACCUCCUUCAGGCAUUCCUCCUGAAGGCACACUGGCUGGCACACUCCCCUCACACCCACAGCAGCGCCCCUUCGAAUCUCCCUUCCUCUCUCGGCCCUUCCGCAACAGUUCCCAUCAACAGUACCACCCCCCCACCUCCCAGCCCCUCCCAGUGACCUCCCAGCACCCCCAGUUGGCCUCCCACGGGUUGGUGUCCUCCCAGUAUCCUUCCCCAGGCCCACAACACCUCCCUCCCUCCUCCCAACACGCCCCAGUGCCCGCCUCCCAAGCUGGUGCCUUCAACAGGGAGGCGUGGGCACGGAGCUCCCAGGGGCAUCUCACGGGUCAAGAAAUCUUUUUUCAUUUCCACCCCCAGGACGUGGUCGAGCUCCACCCCCCCCAGGGUCACCUCCAUCUCAACGGCCACACCCCUUCACACCACCACGCCCCUACCUCCCCCCCGUCCUUCCCCCACAACGGCGUGGCACAUCCUCACCACGCCCAUCCUCACGCCCAUCCCAUUCCCAACAACCACGUGGAAGGGGCACACACCCAUCCCCCCGUCCCCCAGCACCAGCACAACGGCGAGGCGACGCCCGAGGAGUCCUCCGAGCGGCGGGAAGAGGCGCGGAAGGACGACAAGUGGGGCUCUCUUACACGGGGCCUCGCGGCGCGCAAGUAUCAAAACUUCAAAGAGAAACUGACCAACAAAUUCUCCCGGAGCGACAAGCCCGAGGAGCGGCCCGGCCAGCAGGGGGAGGUCAGGGGCGCCGCCACCGCGCAGGGCACCACCACCCAGGAGGCGCCGCCCGUCGCCAGCAGGCAGGAGGGCGGGGGCCAGGCUAGCGUGGCGCUGGACGGCGGCCGCGCUGCCAAGCUCAACACAAGCUUCCGCAAAGCUUUGCACCAAAGUUCCGGGAAGGACGCGGCCACCGCCGAGACGAUGCUGAACGGUCACCAGGAACACGGCGGCGGCGGCCAGCAGGGCAGCGGUGGAGGCGGCGGGGGAGGAGGCCUUCCUCCACACUACCCUCGCCCUGCCGCUGGGCGUCCUCCUGCCGCCCUGCCGCCGCAGUCCUCGCCGCCCUUGGGCCGCCCUGCAGAUCACAUGGGGCGCGGCCUGGCAAACAGAAGGUCAGGGUCGUACCACCACCUGACGCACCUGCGGCAAGAGGCGCCCGCGUGGCGCCCACACCACUACUCCGCCGACAACCUUGCCGACGACCACGCCCUGCCUUCAGACCACACCUACUCUGGCCCGGCGGCGGGGGCGGGACGGGGGCAGCCUGCUGGCGGGGAGGGCGGCUGCGGCGGCUCUGGCGGCUCCGACUCAGGGCGUGGGACAGCCGGAUCUGGCGGAGAGAGCCGCCCCGCCAACGCCCUGGACACCAGCCUGGAUUCCGCCGCCUCGCAGCGACACGCCGGCCAGGGCCACUCCUCAGGGAAUGACUCGGAGUGGGUGGACGUGACGGACGCGGAGCUGCAGCGGAUCAUGAAGCUCGGCGCGGAGGGGAAGGGCGGCGGCGGCGGCGGUGGCGGUGUGGCGGGGCGGGAGUCACUGGCCGCCACUCCCCCCCUGCCCCCUCUCUCCCCCGAGGCGACCCCUCAAUCCUCGCCCUCCAGGCACCGCAAACACGGCCUCUCCUACAGCUGCAAUGGCCUCAACAAGCCUGACCUGCUGGAGGCCGCGGGGAGGAGGCGGGGCGGUGCCGGCCACGACUCCUCCCAGUCCACGCCGCGGCGGGAGGGAGGCACGCAGGGGACCCACGGCCACUCGAGCGGCAAGGGCAACUCGGGCAGCGGCAGCGGGGGCCACAAGAGUGCAGCGCCCCCCGGGAGUGGCUGGGCGCACCGCAAGGAUGAGGUGCGGCAGCGGAGCGCCUCCUUCGACUCCCACAGGCAUAAGAACCGCAUCAACCUAGAUCCUUCUGCCGGGGACCUGGAGGCGGGCGAGAUCACCUCCACCACAGACGCCCUGGACUUGGACUCUAUGCUGGAUGGCGCCACGGAAGCCACGACAGACGACGAGGCGCUCUCCGCUUAUGAUCCUGACGUGCACCUGAUCAGAAAACAGCUGGAGGGACUUGAGGGAAUGUACUCUGAGGUCCUAAAGCUGCUUGGGGGAAGGCGCGGUGGCAGGACAGUGCUAGGCGGAGGUGAUCUGAAGAACUCCCGGCGGCGCCUCCACGGGUCCCUGUCCUCGCUGCCCUCCUCAGUCAUGUCCUCCCGACCCGGCAAGGACAGAAGGAAGGUGAUUGAUGAUAGAGUGAGGAGGACGGCACGAGACAACAAUAGCAGUAAGAACAUUCACAAGCGCUUUCAGAGACUGGAGAGUCACGUGGUGACCUUAGCGCGAAGUGUGGCUCACCUUAGCUCGGAAAUGCGCACCCAGCACCUUAUGUUCCAGGAGAUCGAGAGCAUACGAGCGGAGAUUGCAGGCUUGCGAAGUGGAGGAGGUGGAGGAGGCGGGGGCAUGUCCAAUGGAGGGGCGGGGUCACCAGCAAGGGUGGGUGGUCACGUGUCCUGGGAGUCCUUCAGGGCGGGCAUCCCAGGCCUGUCCAACCCUGGCAGGGUGAAGAAGCUUACCCAGUUCUUUGGGGACGAGCCGCCCCUCGUCAGGAUCUUUCUUAGGAAACUGGGAUACGAGAAAUAUGCGGCGCUGUUCGAGCAGGAGAAGAUUGGGAUGCUGGAGCUGCCUUACCUGACCGAGGAACGCCUGCACAAGAUAGGUAUUCCCAUGGGCCCCAGACUAAGGAUCCUUCAGGAGGCGCAGGGACCCAUUAGGAAGGAAGGGAACCUGAGUGUGUAUGUAGUGUGAAUACUUCCCUCCCUUCUUUCUCUUUCUGUCUCUGAUCACCAGUAAGAUAAAAAUUUGUUAAGUCUUUCCUCUCUUUGCUCAAUUUAAUACUCUGCCAUGUGUCUGUUACUCGAGGCAUGUCUGUCGCCCGUCUGUUCAUCGUCAUUCACUGCAGUAUGAAUGGUAAAUAUUGUAGUGUUUAUUUCAUUCCACUGGUGAGCUAUUGGUGUAUUUCAAAGACUCGCUGUUUUCUCGAGAUUUUCUUUGCUUUAUGAGAAAGUGGUGAAUUGUGGUUUGCUACGAAUGAAUGUUGGAAAGCUCAGUAAUCAUAUUCUUUUUUAAUCAGUGGAACUUUAAAAAAUAAGUGAGCUUUCAUGUGCUGCACGAGUUUACUAAAAUUUGUUUCUGAAAAAGCAUAAGUUAAGAGUACGGUAGACAAGGAAAACUCAAUAAUUAUGACAAUUUUUCUUAAAUCUGAAAAAAAAAGUUAAUUUUCAUAUACUGAACGAUGAGUAAGUGGAAAACAUGAGCAAACAGUCUACUUGUAAGAGAACAACAUUAGUAAAUAGUAUAUUUGUAAAUUAAAAUACAAGUAAACAGCUAAUUUAUAAGUGGAUUUUUUUUUAAUGCAAAGUGGAAAAGUGCAAGUAAACAGUCUGCUAGACAGAGACAGACAGACAGGCGGAUAGACACACACACAGACAGCAGGCACGAAACAUAUCACAGCCAAGUGUUCACUGUAGCGUGUACGAUCCUUCCAUGAAUUCCUGAAGUCACUGCGAGGACCAUAUUCUGAAACAUUCCCAUGCCGCACCUCCACUACUUUCAAAAAGUUCUACUCGAAGUGACACGGAUUUUUAAGAGUGUCUUUUUUUUUUUUUUUUUUUUUUUUUUUACGGUUCUAGUGACAGAUUAACAAGAUUUCUGCAUUAUCAACAGAAGAAACACUCUUAAGAAAUCAGCUAAUCUUCGCUAUGGCGCUUGAAAAUAGUUGGGGUGAGAGAGUAGUGUUUCUGUAUACAGGUCCGAGUUGCACGUGGCAGGGAUUCAUCAUAUAAGCUAACUCGCCAAAGUCCAUAGCGUAGCCGAGGUGUCUGGCGCGCGGAGCCGAGUCUCAGCCGAUCCGCCCAGACAGAAGGAGGAGAAGGAGGACCAGACGAGGCUCAGGACCAUAUUCUGAAACGCCUCUGCUCCGCACCUCCACUACAUUCAAAAGGCUCUUAGUAGUGGAAGUAACACUGGUUUUCAAGAGUGUUUUUUUUUUAUGGUUAUAGUGACAGGUUAAUACGAUCUCUACGUAAUUAACAAGAGAAACACUCUUAAGAACCCGGCUAAGCAUCGCUGUGGCCUUUGAAAAUAGUCGUGGUGUGAGAGCGAAGCGUUUCUGAGUACGGGCUUCAGUAUUGCCAUGCCAAAGAUAUUCCUUCUGGCCUAGACGCUUCCAAGAGCACCUGCCUUGACUUGCGGUGCUUCUGUGCUUCCGUGGGGCUCUUAGUGUAUUCAAUAUUGUCUUAUGCGCAGGCGGUGGAGCAUGUGUAUGUAUCUUAUUAAGUUGUGGUUAAUCAUGGCUAGUUUUAUAUCAAAGGGCUGUCCAGUGAAAGGAAAUUGUGAAUACUCAGUUUGACUUUGGGUUCACUCGGCCUUCUUUCAGCUUUUUUUUCUUGUGUUUGAAAGCAUAGCAAGAAAUGCGUCCUGAAAGAUGUGUAUGUGAGUGAGAUGUUGGUGGCGGUGCAACGUGAGAGAAAAGUGAGGAAGAUACGGUGUGAAAUAAGAAAGGGAAAGCAGUGUAAAGUAAAGGAAACCAUGAAAUAAGGAAGAACAGUGAAGUGGAGAAGAUAACAUGGUUAGAAGAAAGGAAAGUAAAACUGUAUGAAAUAAGAAAAAGAAAAAAAAUAAUUAAGGAAGAGAAAAAUGUGAAUCGGAGAUGAUAACAUUAUUUGAAAUAUAGAAGAAAAAUAGUCAGUGAAGUAGAAAAGAAAACACUGAAGUGGGGAAAAGAAAAAAAUAUGAAAUGAGAGGAAAAACAUGAAAUAAGGAAGAGAAACGUAUGUGAAUUCGAGAAGAUAACAUAAUUUGAAAUAAGGAAAAGAAAGAGUCUGUGAAUUGAAGAACACUCGAAUGAGGAGGUGAAAAAUAUGAAAUAAGAAAAGGAAAACAUGAAAUAAGAAAGGGAAAACAGUGAUGAGAGGAAAAUGAACUCCAGUCCAUAUUUUAUUAAGGCAAGCUCUUGAGAUUCAGUAUUACGGGAUGACUUGAGGCAAAGAAAGUGUAUGUAAUUCAUUUCUCUUGCUUCUCUUUCUCUCUCCCUUCUCCCUUUCUCCCUAUCACUCUUUCUAUUGCCUUUAUGCCUUUCACUUGUCUCACUAUCAUCUAUCUCUCCAUAAUUCCUCCUCUUCCUAUUUCUCUCUCUCUCUCUCUCUCUCUCUCUCUCUCUCUCUCUCUCUCUCUCUCUCUCUCUCUCUCUCUCUCUCUCUCUCUCUC